AUGUCGACAGUACCCCCGACUCUGAUCAAUCUACCUCCUGCAGACCCCAUGACGCCCUCAGAUGCUCCUGGCACUCCUAACUCCACCACAACCUCCAUGUCGGAGCUCUCAACCGUCGCUAUCAAAGACGGCCACAGAGGCCACCUGCCUCACUCACACAACUCGCAAGCCCCUACAUCUGGUACCUUGGACGCCGAGCGCGCCGAUCGCAUCUCACGUCUUGCUGGUCUUGAGCGUGUGACGACCGCUCGCAACCCGACCCCCAUCUCUAAUCUAACCCCUGGCGCCGCUGCUCCUCACUUGGGCGCUGCAAGCGGCUACUUCGACUCCCAAGGAAAUCCUAUCCUGGGUCGUGAGCGCAGCACUGUUGGCUCAGCUUCGGCAACUGGUAGCGUCGGAGGCCGCACAACUUGGGCUAGCGGGAGCGAUGUCUUUGACCACGACAAAAUGAGCGAAAGUCAAGAUAUGGACAUGGAGACCUCCAGCGUUGGUGCUGCUUCCGAAACAAACAGUCUGGUCGGCUUUGGAGAGGGUGCUCGCACUCCCGCCCGUCACAGUGCCAUUGGAAGUCCCAGUGUAGCAAAAAACACUCCUACCGCCUCAGGUCUAUCACAACCCUUACACAGAGAUGCUAGCCUGACCCCCGUCAGUUCUCAAGCUCAGCAGGAACAGCAAGACGUUCACAUGGUCGACCGCAGAAGUCUUGACACUGGAGCCGAGACUGCUGAACGCAUCCUUCGCGAACGUCUUGGUCCGGAGGGUGGUCAGGGAGGUCUUGAAACACCCGAUGCUUCUCGUGGACCGGGUGGUGACCUAGGAAAGUUCUAUUUUGAAUCUGGUAAAUGA